AUGGUUCAGGUAAUAGAAUUUUCAGAGGAGAUUAAAUCACUUCAAGGUGAAAGAGUAAUCAAAAGUCAGGUAAAAACUUUAAAUCCAUUUUUAGAUGGAAAAGGAGCUCACAAAGAGUUAAAGAAACGUGCUUCUUUAGUUAGUGUCCCUGAUGAAGUUUUGGGUCAGUAUUUGGCAUCUGAAAAUAUCUCUUGUAAAUUAAUUCCUCCUCAUGCCCCCAAUUUUGGUGAAAUUUGGGAGGCUGGAAUCAAAUCUUUUAAAUUUCAUCUUAAAAGAACUAUUUCUGAUGCUAAACGUAACUCUGAAGAAUUUUUAACCGUAUUUGAUCAAAUUGCAGGAAUACUGAAUUCGAGAUCUCUUUCUCCUUUAUCGUCUGAACCACCAGAUUACGAACCUUUGACACCAGGUCACUUUUUGAUAGGUAGACCCAUAAACUCCAUUGUAGAACCUCAAAUUUUAGCUCUGUCAGAAAGCAGAUUAUUAAGAUGGCAAAAUUAA